AUGGCGUUAUUUGGCAUCUCCCGUAUUUCUCGACGGUUGUUGAAAUCUUCCGUCUCAGCAACUGCAUCUUCCUUCUCUGUUUUCCAAUCUCAACAUAUAUCCUUGUCCAAACCUGUUACUACUUCACAUUACAUGAAUCCUUUCCCUAAGUAUCCUUCAUGGAAUCCUAAUUACCAAGUAUGGAGUAAAGACGCGGAACWGCAUCGAGAAAUCUUUCUGGGAGUUGGCUGGAAUUACAGAUUAGUUGCUGGAAUGUCUUCGUCCUCUUCGGUUAUGGAGGGAAGUCCUAAGAAAGAUGAUAAGGAGAAGAGUGGUGUUCAAGAAGCUUCUUGGAUAGAUUUGUAUUUGCCAAAAGAAGUUAGAGGUUAUGCUAAGCUUGCUCGGUUGGAUAGACCGAUUGGAACUUGGUUGCUUGCCUGGCCCUGUAUGUGGUCAAUUGCUUUGGCUGCUGAUCCUGGAAGCCUUCCAAGUUUAAAAYUGAUGGGUUUAUUUGGUUGCGGAGCAGUACUUCUUAGGGGUGCUGGCUGUACUAUAAAUGAUCUGCUUGAUCGGAACAUAGAUACAAAGGUCGAUCGUACAAGAUUAAAACCUAUUGCCAGUGGUCUUUUGACACCAUUUCAAGGGAUUCAAUUUCUUGGGCUACAAUUGCUUUUAGGCUUAGGGAUUCUUCUCCAACUUAACAACUACAMGUUGCCUCAAGCAUUUUUAGGUUUGACCAUAAACUGGGGAGCAUUGUUAGGAUGGGCUGCCAUUAAAGGAAGCUUAGGAACGAUGGUUGUACUCCCUCUUUAUAUCUCAGGAAUCUGCUGGACCCUUGACAAAGAAGAUGAUUUGAAGGUUGGUGUUAAGUCAACGGCUCUUAGAUUCGAUUCUCUUGGUGAUGAGGCCCUCCUUCUCGACUUGGGUAUCACUGUACCUACUGACCAUACCCUUGGUAUCAAACCUAAUUCUAUCUAUUUCACCCGUCACGACCGUGCCAGUCUACGGAAGUCUUAUGAACUGGAUAUCGAUCUGUGUGGACUUGGUGGAAUGUCUGCUCAUUUCACAAUGUUAUCUCCGCGUAAUGGAUAUCUAUCCGAUUCCAGUAUUGUGAUUAGUUACAACAACAUGAUAGGAGGAACUGCUAGACGCCGAGCGGAGGAGGAGGAAUGUAAAGACUCCGAUUCCGUUGUUAUCGGCGGUGAUGAAGCAGGUGGUUCUGGUGAUGGCGGCGAUGGAAUCGACGGUGUUGGAGCGGAUGAUGGCGAGUGUUCAUCGGAGACGGCGGAAGUGGAGUUACUAGAGAAAUUGGUUGAUGAUACAUUCUUUCUCCUGACUGAUUCCGGAAUUGUUGAUGAUACCUUCUUUCUCCUGCAUUUUGAUUGUGGGAUUCAUCCUGCGUACUUGGGAAUGGAUGUGUUACCUUACUUCGAUGAGAUUGAGCCUUCCACCAUUGAUGUCCUCUUGAUUACUCAGUAUGUUUAUUUUUAUCUUGCUCUUUUGCCGAAUUAG